AUGGCAGGCCCAACGACUUUAGGCCUAUAUGGGAAGAAACACAAGGUCACCGUUGUCGGUUCCGGCAACUGGGGCUCGACCAUCUCCAAGAUCGUAGCCGAGAACACGAGGGCGCAUACGGACCUGUUCGAGGAGGCGGUGCAGAUGUGGGUGUACGAGGAGGAGAUCACCAUUCCCAAGGACUCACCGCACUACGACGCCUCCAAUGCCGACAAGCCCCGGAAGCUCACCGAGAUUAUCAACCAGUACCACGAGAAUCCCAAGUACCUCCCCGGGAUUGCCCUCCCCGAGAACGUCGUCGCCAACCCCUCCCUCCAAGACGCCGUCCGCAACUCGACCAUCCUGAUCUUCAACCUCCCCCACCAGUUCAUCGGGAACGUGUGCAAGCAGCUCAAGGGCCACAUCCUCCCCUUCGCGCGCGGCAUCAGCUGCAUCAAGGGCGUCAACGUGAGCGACGAUGGCAUCAGCCUGUUCAGCGAGUGGAUCGGUGAGGGCCUGGGCAUCUACUGCGGCGCCCUGUCGGGCGCCAACAUCGCCAGCGAGAUCGCCGCCGAGAAGUGGUCCGAGACCACCAUCGCCUACGACCCUCCCCCCAUGGACAGCAGCCGCAACCCGACGCCCAGCAACCGGUCCCCCGUGGCCUCGACCUUCGACCUCUCCAUCACCUGCGCCGACGAUUCGGCUUACCACCAGCAACAACACCGCAGCGCCAAUGGCGAGGAGAGCAAGACGAAGCUGACCGCCGUCCCCCCCGAGUACCCGCCGCUCGACCACGAGACCUUCGCGCAUCUCUUCCACCGGCCCUACUUCCACGUGUCCAUGGUCUCCGACGUGGCGGGCGUGUCGCUCGGCGGCGCGCUCAAGAACAUCGUCGCCCUCGCGGCGGGCUUCGUCGACGGGCGCGGGUGGGGCGACAACGCCAAGGCGGCCGUGAUGCGCGUCGGCCUGAUGGAGAUGGUGCGGUUCGGCAAGGAGUUCUUCGGCCAGACGGUGCACGCCGGCACCUUCACCGAGGAGAGCGCCGGCGUCGCCGACCUCAUCACCAGCUGCUCCGGCGGCCGCAACUUCCGCUGUGCAAAGAUGGCCGUCGAGAGGGGCGUCAGCGUCGACGAGGUCGAGCGCACCGAGCUCAACGGCCAGAUGCUGCAGGGCACCACGACGGCGAGGGAGGUCAACAGCUUCCUCAAGACGAGAGGCAAGGAGGGCGAUUACCCGCUCUUCACGGCCGUGAUUGGCAUCCUCGAUGGCAAGUACAAGGUUGAUGAUAUUCCGUCGUUGGUCGCGACACAGGCACAUGGACUGGGAAAAUGA